CCUCCACGUUUGUUUUCCUCCCCCCUCACCACCAUCUCCUUCCAAGUUCCACUUGCUCCACCCUCAACCACCAUCUCCUUCCAAGUUCCACCUUGCUACCAAGUUCCUUCUGGCUGAAUGACUGAACCGUACCUAUAUGAAGAAGAUUUACUGGUUGAUGCCGCAUGCGAUGCCGCAUGCGGUUCUGGGAAUGUUGAGCCUCCUAGCAAUAUCAUUCCGUGGGUGCCCCCUCGUAUAAGCGUGGACGCCACACAUUUAUUUACAACUGACCAGAUAUUUGAUACUCGUGAUGAGCUUGAACAAUGGGCUAAGAAUGUUGGAAAGGCGAAUGGUUAUGUGCUGGUGAUUGCAAGGUCUGACUAUGCUAUAAGUGGAGGAAAGGUAUUUGUUACUAUUAAGUGUGCGAAGCAUGGUAUUUACAGGCCAUACAAGGACCCGAAUACAUUCAAGUACAAAAAGACCGCAUCACAAAAGACUGAUUGUAAGUUUAAUCUCAAAGGACGACCUACGAAGGGUGAUAGAAUGUGGUGGCUGAAAGUGAUGGAUGGUAAACACAACCAUGAACCAGCUAAAUCACUAGUUGGACACCCCUACGUUGGUCGACUAACAGAGGAAGAGAAGGGGCUUGUGGGCACCAUGACUAGUACUUGGACUCCACCGAGACAAAUACUAGCGGCAUUGAAGGAAAACAAUCCAAGUAACUUGACUACAAUCACUCAAGUUUACAGUUGCAACAAAAGGUUUAAAAAAGAGGAGAGGGGACCAUUGACAGAAAUGCAACAUUUGAUGAAGAAGUUGGUAGAAGCCAAGUAUGUUCACUUUGAAAGGCAACAAGCUGAUUCAAGUGAGAUUAGGGAUCUCUUUUGGGCUCAUCCUGAUGCGGUCAGACUCUUCAACACAUUCCCUCAUGUGGUCAUCAUGGAUUGCACGUACAAGACAAACAGAUAUCAGAUCCCCUUGCUUGAAAUGGUUGGUCUCACUUCUACGGGGUUGACUUUCUCCAUAGCAUUUUGCUACAUAGUUAUUAAGCAAGCAACACAGCGAAUUACUACUGAAUACGGAUUAAUAGAAAGCAAGAACACUUAA